AUGGACGAGACACCGGGGCCUCAGCCCUCCAACCACGCCGCCGCCCUGGCCGCCGCCUCCACCGCUCACUUCCUAUCGAGCCAUUUCGUCUCCGUCGAUACAAUCUCCAGAUCCAACUCCCCCGGCCCUCCCUAUACAAAGACCGACGAAGAUGACAAGAAGCGGUACCGUCCGCGUACAUUUAGCUACUUUAAUCACCUACCCUUCCCCGUCGAAGAGGAGUCCCAGCGCGAUACCGCCCUGGCCGGCAUCUUGAAGCAGCUCUACAUCGCCAUCAAGGCCGAGGAUUUCAGCCCCGGCGCCCUGCACUGGACCAGGGAGCUGACGGGAUGGCUAAACCUCAAGUUCGAGAUGACGCGCGAGCUUCGCGCUACCCUGGCCAAGCUCUACUACCACCUCUGUCUCGCUCCUGGCCUCGAGCCGAGCACUGCCGACCGCUUCCUGCGCAUGGUGGUCAUCCUGACGAGAAAAUACCACUACCUGAAACCCGUCGACGACCUACUCCUCGAUUGGCGUCCGUUGUGGAGAGAGAUCAAGGCCCUGGUUCUGCCGUCAGAGGUCGCUUCACACCAGGCAAACCGUCGCCGCUCUCAGAAGCAGCUGUGGAAGCUGUGUCUCCACGCUCAGACCUAUUUCGACCCCAAAGACCGCAAGGAGAUGCUCGAUGAAUUCCUCCCCUUCUUUAGCACAUCCGAUGUCUCCAAUGCCUACAUUGUUGUCGGAGCCAUCAAUGCUCUGCUUCCCACCGAUGUCGCCCCCGCAUCCGUGCCAUGCUCCCAGCCCCAAGACUUUAUGCCGACGCUGUUCCACCUCUGGUCUCUCAUCGCGAGAUCCAAGAGCUUUGACGUCUUCUUCAUCGAUCUUUACUCCCGUAUGGCCCGUGACUUCCUCCAGGCUUCCAAUACUCCCUUUGACGCACAUGGCAUCUUCACACGGGAGCAGUCGGAUUGGAUAUUCACCGCUAUCCUUCGCCUGACGGAAAUCCCGGUUGGCCAGUCCAACUCGCCAUAUUCAACCUUGGACUACUCGUCAGGCCUCGGCCUAUAUCUUGAAAAGGAUAAGAAGAAGUACCCAACGGCCUACAUGAUCGCCAGGUGGAUCGUCUACUCACUGUCGCCCAAGUGCUUGGAACAAGAGAGCUCCAUUCUAGCCAGCCUCGAGGGCCUACUCGAGGCUAUCGACACCUUCUACCACCCCUCCAAUGUCGGGUCAUGGACGACAUUCCUUGGCCAGUUCACCGUCUAUCUCACAGAUAUCUUUGUCUCCCGCUGGAACCGCGAGAACAGCGGCGAGCUGGACACGCCAGAGGACCGCAGGAUCACCCCUGCACUCAAGCGCCGCUUUGUGUCUGCGCUCAAGGAGGUUACCUACAUGGGCCUGUUCUCCAAGAGCAACAGGGUAGCUCAUUACUACUAUGCAUCGCUCCAAGGGCUAGCCUACCUGGAACCUAACCUGAUCUUGCCCGGGGCUCUGCAGCGCUUCUACCCUAGUUUGCAGGGUCUCGUCGAAGUCCACCGCACCACGUCAAGUCUGAACGGCUUGCAGAUGAUUGCCAACGUCAUGUCCAAGACCAAGGGGUUCCGCUGUCACAUCACCGCUCUUCUUGCCCUUGCUCUUCCUGGUAUCGACGCCAACGAUCUGGGGAAGACGCAGUACACCCUCAAUUUCAUCCAGAGCGUGGCCUACAGCAUCCCAAUGGUGCCUCUAACCAAGGACAGCGACUCCGUUCACGGCACCGCCUUGGCGAUGGAGUGGGUGCAAGGCGAGAUGGAACGCAUGGAGCGUGAGGGUCAAGACAUCAAGCUUGAUUACGACAGUGAACUCUCGGACGAGGACGAGGCAAACAUUCUCAGAUCUUCAACAGCAGGACUUGGCGAGUUUGUUAUCGCUUUCCUCGGCAAGGUCUUCACCCUCUUGGAGAACUUGCCCGACGCGUCCCACAUCAGGGGAGGUACACCAGAGGACAACGUCAUCAAUGCGCUGCCGGCAGCCCUGUCUCCCCUCUUCGCUUCGCUUUCGCCAGAGCUCUUCGACACGGCCCUCGAGAAGCUCUCGUCCUUCGUGUCCACCCACGUUGUGCACCAGGCGAGAGACGCAAUGGCAUGGAUCCUCAACGCCCUGUGCAAGGUCAACCCCGAAAAGACCCUCAAGGUCUUCAUCCCCAUGCUGAUUGUCAACAUCCGUAACGAAAUUGACUUCAACCAUGCCGCGUCAGACCGGAGUAGCGGCACCGACUACCUGCCCAGGGACCGCGCACUUGUGUGGCACGUGAGCAUGCUCGGCAUGGCAGUCGUGCAUGUCGGCAACGAAGUCUUGAAAUACCAGACGGAGCUUCACGACAUCGCCAAAUAUAUGCAGGAGAAGUGCCGUGGCUUACCCACCAUCCACAUUUCCAACUACAUCCACCACCUCCUGCUGAACCUGACGCACACAUACCCCAUCGACACUGCAUUGUACGAGCCCGACGUCAUCAAGCGCGGACUCGACGUCACCGAUUGGGGGAAGACAACGUCUCCUGCUGACUUGACUAUCAAGUGGCAUCGGCCGUCCGCGGGCGAGGUACAGUUCGCCGUAGAACUCUUCGAUUCACAGACCAAGGCGGCGGCGCGGAAACUGGACUUGCUCAUGAGCGAGAACCCCCCCGUCAGUCGGAAAGGAAAGAACAAGGAAUGGUCUGACGAGGUCUCGAGACUAUUCCAACAGAUAAGGCUUGUCAUAUCUGGAAUGGCAACGUUGUUCGACCCUCAUCGUGCUUCCGGACAGAGCCCGAACGGGAACACUGGCGUCGACGGCGAUGGCGACACCGCGAUGGACGAUGACCCCCUCGCGGAGGCCGCCGAAGACGAGGAAACGCGUCCUCAAUACCGCUAUGACGCCGGUUACCUUUUGACCGACGAAGAUCCUGCGUACCACAAGCUGCACGAGCUGAGGGAAGAUGUCGGACGGCUCCUGUGCCGAAGUCACGAGUUUCUCAACCAACAACAGGAAGACGACGUGUCCUGCUUCACGGCGCUCUACGCGGCCUACAGGACAUGGAUCACCGACGUCGGCAUUGAGCGGUCCGCCCACCCGCUGGAGAGACAUCUACGCCUUUACAAGUCGGACAUCUCUGCUUUCAAGAUUAGCGGCCUUCGCAAAGUUUACCCGCGACCACUCCUGAUCAAACGUGCGGAUGCGUAUCAACUGCUUCGUGUUAAACACAACGCUUCGGCACGGCAGAAGAGCGAGUUGGACAAGCAGCUCCUUCUCAACCUGGCUCAGUCGUCCGUGUCCCCGUACGCCGAUGUCCGUCGAGUUGCCCAGAAUGCCCUUGAUUCCUCGCUCAAAGCUCUCAUUGGCGGCCGGCCCCUGGUCAUCCCCAUCCUCCUCGAGAGACUCCGGGUGGCGCUGGACGAGGUGGACCAUGAUCGUAUCAAGGGUGCCAUGUACACUCUGUUCUUCACCAGCUUGCUCAAAACCAUGAUUAGGGACUGGAGAUUUGCCCCGGAUGCCCUCCGCCUUUACCUCCGAGCGGGUACCAUUGACAAGCCCAGCAUUCAACAGCUUGGUGCAACGGCACUCUUCCCUCUGCUUGACUUUGGAAAGCCUUUCGAGCGGAUGAUCAUCGUGAACCAAGACUUUGUGGAGCCGAUCCGCCCAACUGACGACUGCUCCCAAGCCAUCAGCAGCCGCCACAACUUCAUCGUCCAGAGGCGGGAACGCGUUGAGAAGAAGAAGGCUGCUCUCGGAUUGGAGUUGACAGGGAUGGCGAAGGCCGCACAUUGGAAGAUAGCUUCCCGAUGCGCCAUCUUCGCCAGCAAUAUGUGUCUGCGGUUCGACACCCUGGCACCCCCGGAGUUUAUUGCUCUGGUGACACAAGGCACGAACGACACCCAUCCUGGGCUACGUGCGAGUUACAUGUCCGCGUUCACAUCCGUCUUCGAAGCCGUGGAGAUGCGCGCCGCUUAUGAUCACGAGUACCGCAAUUACUUGUUGGAGAAGGAGAAGGAUCGUAAUAAGAUUACGAUUGAGGUCCCCAAGGGGGAUGCAGCCUUCACGCAGAAGUACCUAGAUGCGUUUGCCAGCCCCGAGAAUGCCGAGUACAUGGUUGAUUCCGACCAUCCCGGUUGGUUGGUCUGGGGCAAGAAGUUCCUUGCCUCGCGAGCGAAACCCAUACCCUUCACUGACUACGACGAGACGGAGACGGCAGUCAGAAAACAGAUUGGUGACAUGAUUACAAGAGAGUGGCUGAAGACUUGUUUCGACUACCUCAAGCAAGAGCCCCGCGACGCGAACGCAGACAGGUUCCGCAUGGGCAACGUGUACAUGCUCAUGCACGUAUUUGAUCUGAUGCACUAUGGCGGCACAGCGAUCAAGCUAGACGACGUCAAGGAGUUGACCAUGGAGGUGUACGGCGACGGCAGCGACAAGCACCAGCAUCGUGCCACAGCGGAGAUUGUGGCGGCGCUCUUGUGCGGCUCCAGCGAUGAUCCUCCCGAAUACCGCAACCAAGUCUGGGGUUUCGCUGCGCCCCUGAUGCUGAAGGUUCUCAACGAAGACCUCACACCCGAGAACUUGCAGUACUGGGUAUCUUGCCUGCAUCUGACCGUAGAUCCCAAGGACCCUCGCCGGUCCCACGAGCUGGUCAAUACUCUGAGCGCCUUCAGGCUCGACAUGUCCUCCAACGCCGCCUUUAAGGAGUCGAGCAAGGUUCAGGUGUUGGAAUUCAUCAUCACCGAUUCGGGUUGGCACUUCCGCCACGAGAAGCCGAUCCUCGCAGACUUCCUCUCGCACAUUGACCACCCAUACAAGACCGUCAGAGAGGCAAUGGGUCGAGUCAUUGCCACCAUAUACCGCACACGCUACCAUGAAUCCUUUGAGAACGUUGACAAGCUUUUGGAAGCCAACAAGUCUGCAUCGUCUCUCGGCAUUCGUCCUUACGAACCUACCAAGGAGUUCUCGGACACGGUGCUUGAAGUCUUUAACCGUCUGGAGAAGUGGCGUCAUGAGCGCACUCCAGGCCAGCAAACGCCUUCCUCUUACACAAGUGGCUCCAAGACUGUCUUGACUUGGCUCGACAGCACACUGUCGUCCCAGGAGUGCACGCAGCUGAUGCCGUUCUUCCCCGACCCCUUCAUGGAACAACUGCUCCACAUGAUGGAUGUCAAGGAAGACCCCGAGUUGAUGCGCCUCGCCUAUCACGUCUAUCGCCAUCUGCCCAACAUCCCUUUCCGCAUUGGCGAAGAUGGCCUCUUCAUCGACGCCCUGGUCCGUAUUGGCAAGUCCGCCACGAGCUGGCACCAACGUCUGCGAUCCAUGGUCAAUAUGCAGGUGAUUUACUUCCGUCGUCUUUUCCUUAUCGAGAAGAAGCAGCGGGAGAUCUUGUUCAAUGCCGUCAGCGACAUGCUUGCGGACACGCAGCUCGAGGUUCGGUCUUGUGCGUCAGCUACCUUGGCCGGCAUGAUUCGAUGCUCACCAAAGCGGAUCCGUGACCCAAUGAUUCAGACCCUCAAAAAGCGCUUCGAAGACAGUCUCCGCCUCAACCCAAUGCCCAAGCGCAAGCUCCCCGGUACCGAGACGCCAAUAGACACAAACAAGCAGAUCGUGCGUCGUCAUGCCGCCGUCCUGGGCUUGGGUGCUCUCAUUGAGGCAUUCCCCUACGCCACACCCCCUCCGUCUUGGAUGCCCGAGGUCCUCCAGAUCUUGGCCACACGCGCCGCUAGCGACCCCGGCGUGGUUGGCAAGGCCACCAAGGCUAUCCUCUCCGACUUCAAAAAGACAAGACAAGACAGUUGGAGUGUCGAUCAAAAGUACUUUACACCAGAGCAGCUGGAGGAUUUGGAGGGUGUUUUGUGGAAGAGUUAUUUCGCGUAA